AUGAUCUUUGUCAAUCAGCAUCUCACCACUCCGAUACCAUUAGUGUACGCCUUGUACGAGGAAAAAGGAAACGCGUACUUGCUCAUGCAGUAUGUUAGCGGACAAACACUCGAAUCUCUUUGGCCGAGCCUUCAGCCUUGCGAGCGACGGGUGAUUCUGAGCAAGCUCAGAGGGAUUCUUGAUGACAUGAGAUCUCUGCCCUCACCCUCGCCUCCAUUCUAUGGCAGCGUCGACCGUGGGCCACUCCCUUAUUUUCUCUUCUGGACUCCAGAUCCGCAAAAAGAGGUUAAUGGUCCCUUCGAAAAUGAAACGGAAUUUUGUCUCGGCUUAGUGGAGAAGCUGCGUCAGAUACAUAUUGAUAAUCACCAACAUAUGUCUCGAGUCGAAUGGCUCCAAAAACAUCUUCCUCGAUCUCUCACAGGCCAUCACCCCACUUUUACGCAUGGGGAUAUACAAAAGAAAAAUAUCAUGGUCGAAAGAACAAGCACGAGGAUUUUGGGUAAUGAGGAUUUCAGCCUGGCCAUCCUUGAUUGGGAGGACUCAGGCUGGUACCCUGACUACUUCGAGUACUUCUUGUGCUACACAGGCUUUUCCUGGGACGAUGACUGGCCACAGAUGAUCGAGUUGUGUCUCGACCCCUUCCCCGUCGAAACUAUGGUGUUAAUGCCAAUAUAUCAUGCCAUUUUUCUCUAA